AUGCUCUUCGAGAUAUCAAAUCACGGCCUCAUCCAUCUUUCUCGCUUGCGGCCGGAGGUCCCGCCGCCGAAAUGGCCGCCGCCGCCGCCGCCUUCCCCCUCUCCUCGCCGCUAUUCGCCGCCGCCUCUACCCACCAGCCUUUCCCUUUCCCGGCCCCUCCGAAUCCACCCACAACCCACCGGCGGCGCACCCGCUUCGACGCCGCGGCCGCCUCCAGGUGGCUGAAUCGCAGCAGGAACCCACCCGACAGUGCCGCAAAUAACUCCAUAUGGGUCAGCCCGACCGCCUCGGCCCGCCCCGGCCAGACGCUCCGUCGAUUCGUCCAGCUCGGGGACCUCGACGCGGCGCUCCGCCUCCUCGCCUCCAUGCCCUCCUCGGAGCCGCCGCCCGUCAUCGCCUGCAACAUCCUCAUCAAGAAGCUCUGCGCAGAGCGGCGCCUCGCCGACGCGGAGCGCGUGCUCGACGCGCUCAAGGCGUCUGGCGCGGCGGACGCGGUCUCCCACAACACCCUCGUCGCCGGGUACUGCCGCGAGGGCCGGCUAGCGGACGCGGAGCGCGUGCUCGAGGCGGCCAAGGCCUCGGGCGCCGCCAAUGUCGUCACCUACACCGCGCUCAUCAACGGGUACUGCCGCUCCGGCAGGCUCGCCGACGCCCUCGACCUCAUCGCGUCCAUGCCCGUGGCGCCCGAUACCUACACCUACAACACCGUCUUGAAGGGCCUCUGUGGCGCUAAGCAGUGGGAGGACGCCGACGAGCUCAUGGAGGAGAUGAUCAGGAACAAUUGCCAUCCCAACGAAGUCACAUUCGCUACCCAGAUCCGCUCCUUCUGCCAAAAUGGGUUGCUCGACCGCGCCGUGCAGCUUCUCGACCGAAUGCCCAGGUACGGGUGCACGCCUGACGUUGUCAUCUAUAGCACACUAGUGAACGGGUUUUCGGAGCAAGGGCGAGUGGACGACGCCGUCGAGCUAGUAAAGACCAUGUUAUGCAGGCCCAACACCGUCUGCUACAAUGCAGCAAUGAAGGGUCUAUGCAUUGCUGAACGAUGGGAGGAUGUCGGGGACCUCAUCGUCGAGAUGGUUAGGAAAGAUUGCCUGCCGAAUGAAGCCACAUUUAGCAUGCUAACCAAUUGCUUGUGCCAAAACGGGCUGGUUGAUUGUGCGGUGGAAGUUCUCCAGCAAAUGCACAAGUAUGGAUGCAGACCUGAUGCUGUCAUUUACAACACGUUGAUCUACUGCUACUCAGAACAAGGGCGCGUGGAUGAUGCGCUCAAGUUGCUAAACAGCAUGCCGUGCAAUCCUGAUACCAUUAGCUUUAACGCCGCUUUGAAGGGCUUUUGUAGAGCUGAGCGAUGGUACGAUGUUGAGGAGCUCAUAGCUCGGAUGCUUAGGGAGAACUGCCCUCUGAUUGAAAUGACCUUUAAUAUAAUCAUUGAUUCGUUGUGCCAGAAUGGUCAGGUAAACUACGCAAUUGAUUUGUUUGAGCAGAUGCCAAACUACGGAUGUACACCUGAUGUUGUCACAUACAGUAGCCUUAUUAAUGGAUUUUCUGAACAUGGGCUUGUGGAAUCGGCCAUUGAGUUGUUUCAAAGCAUGCCAUGUAAACCUGACAUCUUUGGCUAUAAUGCCGUGCUCAAGGGUUUGUGUGGAGCUGCGCGCUGGGAGGAUGCUGGGGAGCUUAUAUCUAACAUGGCUACAAAGGAUUGCCCCCCAAAUGAAGUCACAUUCAAUAUUCUAGUGAAUUCCUUGUGCCGGAAAGGGCUUGUUGAUCGUGCAAUUGAGGUUUUUGAGCAAAUGCCAAAGUACGGAAGUACACCAGACAUUUUCACAUACAAUGCCCUUAUCAAUGGAUUUUCGGAACAAGGCCGCCUGGAUGAUGCCCUCGAGUUAUUAAGCACAAUGUCAUGCAAGCCUGAUACCAUUUCCUAUAACUCUACAUUGAAGGGUUUGUGUAAAGCUCAGCGAUGGAGGGAAGCAGAGGAGAUUGUAGCUGAAAUGCUUAGAAACAAGUGUCCUCCAAAUGAAGUGACAUUCAAGUAUGCUAAUCAAUUAUUUAUACCAAACAGGAUAACUUGAGUGCCACAUUAUGAAUUUAUGCUUUGCCAUCUACACUGGCCCUCUCAAUGGCGCUAUUGUAUGCAACAGUCUGAAGGAUGCCCGAGUUAUGAAUCAGUAUGGUUGUGCAGUCCUGACACAGCUUACUAAGGGUGCGUCCAUAAGAGGAUUAGUGUAGAAAUGAGCAAGAGGACAAUGCCAGAGUUUAUGGUUGAGACCAGCUCUGAGUAGGUGAACCAAAAGUGGUGACACUCGGUAUUCUGAUAGGGGUUGGUUGAGUUUGUAAUCAAAAUCCCUUAGGAAAUGAAUGGACAAGAUUGUGUAAAUGCCCACAGGAUGGAGCUUUAUAUUCAAGGGUUUGUUUAACUCUGAGAGGUGAUCAGAAGAUGUGCAUAAUCUUGCACCCGAGAUAGCUUGAAGAGAUUGUAAAGGUAAAACUAUUUUCUUGAGCAAAUGUUCAAACCACUAAAGGAAUUCCACAAAAUAUUAUGCAUGAUGUUACUGAGUACUAAGCAGCCAACUUUCUAUAUUGUUGACCACCAAUAGCCAUGUUCUUUUUCGAAAAUAGGGAGACGCCAUAUUUUGUAUACACAUUAAUUGUAAUAUAAUAUGGUUUGUAUACAAGCCAAAAGGGAAGUAGAAUCUAGAAAUCCAAACAGAACCAAGAAAAAAACUGAAUGAUGGAGGGAAGCAGAGGAGAUUGUAGCUGAAAUGCUUAGAAACAAGUGCCCUCCAAAUGAAGUGACAUUCAAGUAUGCUAAUCAAUUAUUUGUACCAAACAGGAUAACUUAAGUGCACCAUGUAUUUUCUUGGAUUAUGAAUUUAUGCUUUGCCAUCUACACUGGUCCUGUCAAUCGCGCUUUUGUAAGCAACAGCCUGAAGGAUGCACUGAGUGAUGAAUCAGUUAUCAGUAUGGUUGUGCAGGCCUGACAGAGUCUACUGAUAUCCUUCAUCAAAGGAUUAGUGUAGAAAUGAGCACGAGCAAAAUACAGAGUUUCUGGUUGAGACCAGCGCUGAGAAGGUCAACCAAAUCAGCGCAUGGACAAGAUUGUGUAAAUGCCCACAAUAUGGAGCUUUAUAUUCAAGGGGUUGCUUAACAGUGAGUGAUGAUGAGGUGAUGUGGAUAAUCUUGCAUCUGAGAUAGCUUGAAAGGAUUGUAAAGGUAAAACCAUUUUUUCUGCCAAUGUCAAAUGACAAAAGGACUCCACAGAUCAUUCGGUAUGAUGUUACUGACUACUAACUAAGUAGCCAAUUUUCUAUUACCAAUAGCCAUGUUCUUUGAGGAAAAUAGGUAGGAGGGAUGCCAUAUUAUGCAUACACAUUAAUUAUAAUAAAAUAUGGUUGCAUACACCAAAAGGAUCGAAAAAGAUAGAGAGAAUACUUGGCAUUGUGAAAGAUGGUCUUAUUAUGAUGACUCCAAAUUGGUGGCAACUUCGACGCCAUGUUCAGUCGGUGGGUUUAACUUGUAUAGCUGGAGCACAAUAGCCGGACCUUCGAGGGGUUGCUUCCUGAUCUAGAUAAUAUCAUUGAAAUGGACAAGGAGCUGGAACUACAGUGGCGUGUGGCACUUUGGCUAGCGUGAAAAUGUUGUUUGAGCCUCCAUGAAUAGUUGGGUUGAGAGUUGUGUUGUUGGAGUGCUGGUGGGUGUGAUCUUGUAGCCACUUAAUGGCAGACACUUGUAAUUGCUGGACACAUCUCCAAGGUUUUUAUUUUCUCUUUCCUUCA